UAAAACAUAGAUAUCAGGAGGUUCACUUGGUGACUGCAGACGUCUCCUCACCCUAUAGAAUGGUUUCCUGGGCAGCCGGUGUCACGAGUUACCUGCUCCUGGUGCUAUCUGUUGUCGCUUUUCCCAGACCGGAGAAAAAGCAGGAGACUUGGCAAGAAUGGUCGUGGGAUGAAUUUGAUCCUACUGCAAUUGGAUCACAUAGCGUAUUGUCUAUGUUGGAUUUUUCUUUCAAAGAUUUACCUCUCAUAGAAGCCAAUGACACCUGUGAUGGAUGUUGCCUUGGUAACGAGACACAUGAGGUGUCUCCUGAUCCUCGCCAAACCGCCUUGGAGCCCUGGAAGAGCGACGAGGCUUCACCAUUGUUCCACCUGCAAGACAAGAAACAGGAAAAAAACAGCAAGAACUGCAGGGGAAAAUGUGUAGAGAAAACGCGUUUUACAGAUCUUUGGAAGAACAGUAAUAAAACAGCGUUCGGGACUUUAGGAAAUAAGAACAUUACUGAGCAGCUGACAGUUGGCGGCAACACUACAGCCGAUCGCUGCUUACACUGCUGCAAUGUGACGGAGACAGUACAGGACAACCCGCAGAUCACACAACACACAGAUCUGAAGACAAAGCCCAGACGUAAAAGAACUGAUUCUGAGGAAUAUGAGUCUGUUCUGCUUGGGAAAGCCGGUAUACUGACAAAGCCCAGACGUAAAAGAACUGAUUCUGAGGAAUAUGAGUCUGUUCUGCUUGGGAAAGCUGGUAUACUGCUGAGGAGUUCUACCAAGGAGAAAUUACUAUAUAACUGCAAGGAAGGGCGCUGCCGUGGUAACAAGUCAUAAAGUCUGAGUCAAGUUUGAACCAUCACAGACAUAGAAAGAAUAAAGAAGCCAACAAUCAAAUUGUGGAUCUGUCUAUAUCAGCUGUAUAGUCAAAUUCAGCUAUAACCAACAUUCAAUUACUUAAAGGGACAUUAAACACUAAACAAAUGCUAGAUAGAAUGAUGCAUUUAAAGAAAAGAUUAGUCUGAGAAUGACAUUGUAGAUGUAUUUUUUAAAGUUUCGUUAUCUAUUAUAAUAUUGACAAAUUAGGUGUAAAGUUUUAGUGUCUAUAAAACAAUAGGAUCUGCCAUGUUAUAACUUAGGUUAUCUUCUCUGCUGUGGCCAAUUAGGGACAGUUAUAAAUAGGUCACUAUAGUGUGCAGCCAAAGGCUUUGUGGAUUAGAACAGUGUUCUGCACUUCUAUUUCUAACAGGAUUACAGGAAAAGGAGACAAAAUAAAUAAUGUAUAUAA